AUGUCGUCUCCAUCCAAGCCUCGUGGCCGUUCACCCUCCGAGAAGAAGGACGGCUCUGGCGGCUCCGGCACCAAGAUGCCGAAGCGCUCGCCAUCUCCAAGUCGUUCUCCACCGCGCCGUUCACGCACCCGCGACCCACGCCGCUCGCGGACCCGCGACGCACGCCGUCCGCGGGAAAUCGUGGUCGAGCGCAUCGUCCGAGAGGGUGGCAGUUCCGGCACCUGGCCGCAGCUGACGCGCACCAACUACCAUCAAUGGUCGCUGCGGAUGAAGUUGAGGCUGCAGGCUCGCCAUCUCUGGGACGCCAUCGAGUACCCCGACACCACGGAGUACGACGUCGACCGGAGUGCCCUCGACGCCAUCUGCAGCGCGGUACCAGAGGACAUGGUGCCCGCGCUCGCCACCAAGGACACCGCCUACGACGCCUGGGAGGCCAUCAAGACGUUCCGCAUCGGCGACGACCGCGUGCGGAGAUCAACCGCCCAAACCCUCCGGGCGGAGUACGAGAACAUCACGCUCCGCUACCGGCGAGGCCAUCGAGGAGUUCGCCUGCGUCUCACCAACAUCACGCGGCGGAUGGCAGCCCUCGGUGAUCCGGAGCGACCAUCACGUGGUGGCCUAGUACCUACGUCGCGUCGUCCGCGGUACAAGCAGCGGUAA